CCUCCUUGAUGGACAUAAAUUCCUUAAGCCCUAUGAUGCCAACAUCUCCAUUAUCAAUGAUCAACCAAGUCAAAUUUGAAGAUGAACCAGAUUCGAAAGAUCUCUUCAUUACAGUUGAUGAACCUGAAAGCCACGUUACUACAAUUGAAACUUUCAUUACUUAUAGAAUUAUUACUAAGACUUCUCGUGGAGAAUUUGACUCCAGUGAAUUUGAAGUUAGGAGACGUUAUCAAGAUUUUAUUUGGUUGAAAGGAAAACUUGAAGAAGCACAUCCUACUCUUAUUAUUCCACCAUUGCCUGAGAAGUUUAUAGUCAAAGGAAUGGUGGAACGUUUUAAUGAUGACUUCAUUGAGACACGCAGGAAGGCAUUACAUAAAUUUUUGAACCGAAUUGCUGAUCACCCAACUUUAACAUUUAAUGAAGACUUCAAAAUUUUUCUUACUGCACAAGCAUGGGAACUCUCUUCUCAUAAGAAACAAGGGCCUGGAUUCCUGAGCAGAAUGGGGCAGACAGUCAGAGCUGUCGCAUCAUCAAUGAAAGGAGUUAAAGGCCGCCCAGAGGAGUUCAUGGAAAUGAAUAAUUUUAUUGAAGUAUUUAGCCAGAAAAUAAAUUUGCUAGAUAAGAUAUCUCAGAGAAUUUAUAAAGAAGAAAGAGAAUAUUUUGAUGAAAUGAGAGAGUAUGGACCAAUUCAUAUUCUGUGGUCAGCAUCAGAAGAAGAUCUGGUUGAUAUUCUAAAAGGUAUUGCCAGUUCUCUUGACCAAUGCUGUAAGGCCACUGAAAAGCGAAUGUCUGGACUAUCAGAGGCUCUGCUUCCUGUAGUACAUGAGUAUGUGCUUUUUAGUGAAAUGUUAAUGGGUGUCAUGAAAAGAAGAGACCAAAUACAAGGAGAACUAGAUUCCAAAAUUGAAGCAUUGGUCUAUAAAAAGGCAGAUACUGAUCUGCUAACAGAAGAAAUUGGAAAACUUGAAGAUAAAGUGGAAUGUGCUAAUAAUGCUCUGAAGGCAGAUUGGGAAAGAUGGAAACAAAAUAUGCAAAAUGAUAUCAAGUCGGCAUUUACAGACAUGGCUGAGGAGAAUAUUCAUUAUUAUGAACAGUGCCUUGCGACAUGGGAAUCCUUUCUUUCAUCACAGAACAACCUCCACCUGGAAGAAACUUCUGAAGAUAAAUCAAAAUCUCAUUAAGGAUUACUGUUCUUCUUUGGAGAAAAGCAUCUGUUAACCAAAGUUAAUUCUUUUUGGAUGAACUGUGUCCUUGAUUAAAUGGAUGAAAUAUUUACAACUAUCUGGAAAACCAGUAUCUUGAA